UCUUGCUCAUUUCCUGAACUUUGUCUAUGCAGUUUUGUCUUGGCUUCCAAUAUAUCUAAUCGCAUUUUUACUUAUCAAAUCUUUUUAAUAAUUAUUUUAUCAGCAGAUUGCGAAAUUAAAUACUAAUAAUUAAUUAAUUGUAGUUUGUAAAAGUAAAUUAUUAAUAAUUAAUAGUUAAUUUUACGUUUCUUAUAUAUACAUUUUUUAUUUUAAUUAUUACUGAUUAUUAUUUAUUAAUCAUUAUAUUAAUAUAAUUAUUAUAUUAUUAGCUGCAAUUUAUAUUUAAUAUUUAAAUAUUUUGUUUUAAUUAUUUUAGUAAGCUGUUCAAAUCUUUUACAUUAUUAUUCUUACUUCCCAUUUUUUUACGUAUGAUUUUAAAUUUUUUUCCUCAGAUUCAUACAUUGGCAUAAUAAUGGGCACGUGCAACCUUUUGGUUCUUGCUUUUACAUUUGGGUUACAUGUUAGUAAAUAUGGCUAAUAAUAUAAAAGCCUUUAGGUUUUCGAGAAAUGUAUGGUUUUAUCUUUUGAUGUAUUUUCAGUCUAGUGAAACUGCAAGUUUUGUUUAAUUUUUUCGUUUAUACCCUUUUAGCAUGCAAGUUUUUCCGGUUACAACAAGUUGCUUAAAGACGUGGCAAACCACGUCGACGCGGACUAGGCUCAAUCGGCGGACAUGGCGUUGAGCCAGAAAUGGUAGCUUUUUAAGCUUGUUUAAAAAACAAGCUUUUGGGUAAUAGGGCUAAUGAAAUAAAAGUCAUUAAGUUUUUAUAAAAUCUUUGGUUUUACCCUUUGACCUAUUUUAGGUUCAGUAACAUCGAAAGUUUUGUUUAAUUUUUUCAUUUAUAGCUUUUUAGCAGGUUUUCUCGGUUACAAGUUGCUUACAGAAGUUUUGUUUAAUUUUUUUCGUUUAUAGCUUUUUAGGAGGUUUUGUCGGUUACAAGUUGCUUACAUACAAAGUGUCUAACUAGGGUUUCUAAGCAGGAGGUCUUGGGUUCAAUCCCAGACAAAUACUAACAUGGUCGUUCAAAAAAAAAACAAGUUAGUUACAUACAUGGCAAACAGGCCAACUUUUUAAGCUUGUUUGAAAAACACACUCUUGGGGAUUACAUUAUUCGUAGGUGCGACCUUUGGAUGUCAAGGGCAAUACCUUUACCAUUAAACUGACUUUAUUUGAUGUCUCUAAUGCUGAAAACUUGUAUAUACUAUAUGAAAGGUUGGGACCUUUUUCUAUUGUUAUUAUUAUCAUUUGUCUGCAUAGUGCUCGAUCCUUGUAGUGAAAUGUUAUCCAGUGAAGUUAUUUCACGUACAACAUUAGGUAGUAACAUUGAAGAAGGGAAUAUAAUAUUUGAGCUACAACGGGAACUAGCAGUGUUAGUUAUAGACGCUAUACAAUCAUUCUACAUUCCUGGAUCGAGGUUUUUGCCAACAAAAACCAAUAACAGGAUAAAGAAAAUUGACCGAGAAGUGAGGGCUACCAUAAGGAGUAUCAUUGACAAACGAACAAUCGCAAUGAAAGCUGUAGAAAGGAGUAAAGAUGACUUGUUGGGAAUACUCUUGGAAUCAAAUUACAGAGAAAUUAAACAUGGGUAUAAGAAUUCUGGAUUAACCAUUGAUGAAGUAAUCGAUGAGUGUAAGCUUUUCUACUUUGCUGGACAAGAGACUAUUGGAAUCUUACUAGUUUGCACUAUGUUUUUGUUGGCUCAGCACACAAAUUGGCAAGAGCGUGCCAGAGAAGAAGUUUCACAAGUAUUUGGGCAUGAAAAAACAGAAAGCAAUGGGUUGAAUCGUUUAAAAAUUGUGAGCCUUUCAAUACCUUUAUAAAACCAUACAUCCUUGUUACACCCUCGAACCAGACGGCGGAAACGUCCGAAGGCUCGUGUGACUAUCAAUUAAAUACCAUCUCAAUGAAUAUACAUGAACAAACACAUAUAUCACCAACAUUACAUAGUACAACUGUCAUUGUUCACAUCAAGUACAUUGUUUAAAUAUUACAUAUCGAUACCAUAAAUUGUUUGAGAGUCACAAAACGUAACAUCCUAACAUACUUGGUAACUUUCUUCAGCUUAUCUGUUACCUGAGAAUACAAGUUGUUUUGAAAACGUCAACAUAUAUAAUGUUAGUGAGUUCAUAAUCAUGUUUGAUAUAAAAUUAGUUUGUAUUGUUUGUAAAACCCAGAAAAUCCAAUAUUUUCUGUUCAAAAACCGUUUGCGAAAAAGAUGCGAUGAUCCUAUAAGUGCAUAUAUAUGUGAUUUCAAAACAAGUAAAAGUGAUUGUUUGAUUAUUGUAUUAUAGUGUUGUAUGUAGGAGUGCAUAAUGUUGUUCCCCUGGAAAACCCGAUGUUUCCCGAUAUAAGUAGUAUGAUAGUUUUGUAUUAUUGUAUCGUCACAACAAAUGAAUAUGUUUUCCCAUGAUUACUUAGAUGGUGUUGGAUCUCUAUGUGAGUCGUUAUAACCAUGCAUAAUAAUGACUAAUUCGCCUGUCUUGGCAUUUUUCCAAACGCCGGUUUUGAUCAAGAUUUUGUCACCCUAGACUGGUCGAGUCUAACUGUAGCGAACAACUCAGGUGUGGGGGAGUCACCCCCGUAUAGAUCUAUACACAAACUCUCGCUCUACCUCCAGGAGACUCUGGUUAUACUACCGACUACGACCGACACUUAUUAGUGUCACCCGUUAUUUCCCACUAAAUCCAACUGAAAUUGUAUAACCUUGUUUACAACUUGAUUUAUGUUUACUUGAAUAAAAGGUAAGCCUAACAGACGAAGAGAAGAGGGCUGCAAAGAUCCACUAAUCAUGUAUGUUAUUAUAGGUUGUCGAGUAUACGGCGGACACGUUAGCCCAUCACGCAUAUGAUUGAUUUGAACCUUACUAGCAAAUGCAAAUGGGGCAUUAAGGCCCAAUAGCAUGUAAAAGCCAUUGAAGGUCCAUUAGGCAUGUAAUUGGAUCACCAAGACCCAAUAAACAUGUUUGAAUAUAUUGGGCCCAAUAAUCAUGAUAUUGGGCCACAAAGACCCAAUAGCACGAGCAGAAGCUUUUGGGCCCAAUCAUUGAAUCAUUUAUGGUUUAUCGAGUUUAAGUUCGUAGUGUUGGUAUUUGUUGUAUGCUAAAUGUUUAUUCGCAAUGUUAAAAAUAUCUUAACAUUUGAUUUAUACCUUCAUCGUUACUUUCAUCUCCAU